AUGAGUCAAGAAGACACCAGCGAAUACUUUGAAAGAUCUAAACUCCAAGAACUGGGAGAAUGGACUAAGAAACAAAAUGAAUUACUGCGUGCAGAUAUUUUGAAAGAACAACAACGUUCGGGAGUGGAUGAUUUAGAGGACUCUCUUUUGAUUGAUCCAGAAACCUUUGAAUCCCCACCGAGAUUCAAACCUAGCCCCAAAAAGGUUCCUCAUCAAACAAAGAUGAAAUCUCAUUCAGACACCAAAAAAACAUCAGUGCACUCGUCUUCGAAAAAACCGAUUCCAGUUAACAUACACAUCCCACCAAGUUUAAGUGCGUCUAAAGAGUGUGCAGAUCUGGUCAAUGAUAUAUUUAGACAGCUUGAAGAACUUAAGAUAUUAACCAUCGAAGAAGUAAUGUUUGAAGAGGAUAAUAUAGAAUACAAAAUCAAACGCAUCAAUCAACUGGCCUCUUCUCCAUCUUCAGAAUCUUCCAAUCCUGACAUCAAAUCUGCAUUAACAACAACCACUGCUUUUGAAGAAGCUAAAAUGACGACUUCACAACGUUCAGAAUUCUACAUGUUGCAGAAUAAAAUCAGAAACAUCCUGUCCAGUAAGCCCAAAUCUAUCCAUUAG